ACAACUUCUAGAUGCCUCCCCUGCCCAGCUGACCGGCCCCCAUGCAAUGUUCCGUUGAAGAGCUCCGCAGUUCUCCCUCUCCUUCUCACAUGUUCAGAACGCGAGGAAAGUAACUUACUUUUUGUCUUGUGGGUCAACCCCAUCACACCCAGAGUCAACCCCAUCACACACACCUGCCCAAAAACAACACCUUAAAGAGCUAGAUUCCACGAAGUUUGCGUCCGGCUUCUCAAUACACAGCAGCUGCAGCGGUAGCACAACACACGCACACAACACAGGGGAGAUUCCCGGCCGGACAACAGCAGACCACAGCCUUGCGGCGCACUCCUGCUCUCCCGGAUGUCUCCCAGGGUGGACGACAGCAGUGGCGUCGAGUGGACUGCGGCGCAGCAGCAGGCAGCAGCGGGGAUUACAGCAGCAGUCACGCAACCAUCAUCACCUCGUUCUGAGCAGGGAGGAGGAGAGCCGUUUCCACCGGCAGCAGUGGCGAUAGGCGCGCCAGCAUAUAUUCCUAUGACGCCGCCUCGGGAGGACGCAGCGGCGGUGAGAAGGCAACAGCAGUCGGUCCCGCUCGUGCGGAGGCGCUCGGCUUUGAAGAUUGGCACCAGUCCGCAUGUUCCAUCUCCGACCUCGGCGAAUAAGCGCCGGGCACCCCCGCGGUCGAUUUCCGUGAACGCGAGAUCUUCCUCGGUAGUGGCCUCCGAGGGCAUGCUGUUCAGCAGGUCGGAGCUGAGGCCAGCCCCGCUGUCGGCGUCAAGAAAGUUCGACAGCAAUGUCUCCGAGUUUCGUUGCCACCCCACCUCCUCCUCGUCAACCUUGUCAUCGUCGUCGUUGUCCAGCAACAGCAGUUCGGAAUUUUCGUCCGCCUCGGGGCCGGUAAAGGUGCUGCAGCAGUCGGCAGCAGCCCGGAGCCUGGAGGAAGGAGGAGGAGGUCCUCCUCCCGUUGCCCAGCACCAGCAGAGGCGGGAUAACCUCGCAAACCUGCGGAUCAUAGAGGCGAGACGCAGAGCCAUCCUGUCCUUCGGCGAGCCCUCGUCGCCCCCGCCGCCGUCCCUUGCGGCGCUGGGCUCGAACGCCACCGGCAGCGGACCGUUCAGCUCGGUCAACGGCAUACCGACUGCCAGCAGGGCUAUUACUCCGAUGCCGGUCCUGCCCGAGAUGGGAUCUACCGCCACCGCCGCCACUACUCCUACUCCUCGCCUCCACAGCAACAAGUUCCUGAUCGCUACCGCCGCCACCGCCACCGCCGCCACGCCUACCGGCGAGCACACCUCGGAAGCGGGGGCACCGGCGGCGCCGCGGGCCGCCCCGUUGUCGGCGCCGGGAGGCCGAGAAAACGCCCGCACACGGGAAACUCUGGAGCAGAAGUGGGCAGCCUGGCAGAGCGAAAACCGGGGGCCCGCUCCCCUCCUCGGGAAGCCCGCUCCUGCGCCGGUGGUGGCGGAGGCGGGUUCGGGUUCGAGUGACAGCGGUGGUCGCGGCAUGUUCGGCGGGGGCAGCGGCGCUAGCAGCAAUGGCGGCGGUAGCGGCAGGAGGUGGCGGGGUGCGGAGGAUUUCCACGAUAAGGUGGCCUUCCUUGGGGACUACGUUGCGAACGUCUUCGGUCGGGCCAAGAGAAUGGGCGUGCCGCAGCACUGCGAAGCUAGGGAGGUGCAGUACGGGGUGGAGUGAAGCUACCAGACGAAGAUUCUCGGCUUUCGGUUGUAACGCAUGUUGGAGUUUCUUGCGACUGCGUAUGUGGAUGCAUGUUUAGUAAAUAUAUGUACGUAGAACCCGUGUUGUGCGUUUGGGCACACGAGACCGAUCGUGGAACGCGUUAUCGGCAAGAAUCGCGAUGGAACAUUGGAACACAGAAGUAUACGUAUUACAGUGUACGAACGUCGUUGCUAAAUCAACAGCUCAGAUCAAGUUUGCCUACAUGUACUCGUGAUGCAUAGCUGUUUUUUUGUUUCGUCUUUCUUCGUCCGGCCCUCCUUUCGGUGUAACGCCACACACAGCACAGUUUUCCGACUAUACAAGCAAGCUGCGAGUAAGUUUGCUUGCCCAAAUAAAAGUCAUGCUCACUGCUGGGGGUGGGUAGGUGCCUGCUGACACGGAGUUUGUCGGAUCGAGUUUGGUUGUUCUUUGGCGUUUCCUCAUUUUUUGUGGGAACGAUCCAAGCAUCUUCCCAUGUACAUACAAAGCUUCCGUUGCGCCAUCGUUUAUGUAUGUUUCAUAUAUUUUUAUUUUUUUGUAGUACCGUUGUCCCUCAAUUUUCUGGCUUGCUCCAUGCAAUGGCGCCUGAAAGUACACAGGACCCCUUGUCGUUCGUUCUGUGUGUGACGAGCCUAUUUUUCGGCAUGGAUGGGUCGUUUGAUUGAUUGUUUCCUUGUCUCUCGGUUGUAGUUUCUCAUUUGUAUCACGAGGAAUGGAGGGUGCAGCGCAACCACAAAAACAUUACUGCCCGGCGCCGCCGUGAACCGUGCACUGAAGUCGCGUAAAUGUCUUGGGAGUAUUUAGAAAAAUCCGAUGUUUGCAUCCGGUGUAAUCAGCAGGGUUUGCGACAGGUUUUGUUUGGCAGAAAAAUUGUGCUGUUGUUUUCUUUUUCAUUUUUGGCAGGCAAUCUCCACGUCCUCAUCGUAUGCUGUUUCACUACUGUACUUGUAGCCUCUUCUUGUGGUUUGCUAGCUUCAACGAGAAUAAUGCUCGCAGCAGGUUGGUUUGUACGGGCUGUGUUUUGUUUCGUAGCCCGCGUGGUCGAGAUGUCGGGUUUUUAUCACUAUUAGAUUCAUGUUGCGGGCGGGGCGUCGUCUGUUUAUGGCGUGUUUCUCUGUAUCAUGCGUGCGUGCGUUAGGCACGAGGUUGGAAGCUUAUGGUUGUGCUUCUUCGGUUUGGCGUUUUACUGAGUGAAAUAGCACUCGGUCCUUCGUGGAGCUCUCCGGUGUGAGACGUCCCCGUUCCUGGAUUAAAAAUUCUUGGAAAUCAAGCCUGCCUGUCCAAUUUAGUCGGUACAUGAGGUUGCGAUUGCAACACACUUGUUCUCUUAAUGUGGUAACCAUUAGUCUAAAGGUUACUGCCGCGCCGUUGGGUUAGACCCGAUACCCACCUCCUUGCAUAUUUUUCGUGGCCGGGUUACCUUGCUUGGUGCUGCUGCAGCGGCAGGCAGUAGAAAAACCAAAGUGGUCAUGUGCGUGUAUGCUCCUUCGUACCAGCAGCGCGGAUGCCCUCUGUUUCCUUUACGGCAGCGUGAAGGAGCAGUGGGCCAUCUGUUGGAAGUAAGUGCGUAGGUGUCAUCGCUCUACUGCGGCCGGUUGGGAGCAAGGAAACGGCCACGUCGGCUUUGCAUUGCGGGAAGGGUGAAUGGACAACCCGCUGGUUGGGUAAUAUGAGUAGGUCCACUUGUACUUCUAGAGGGAGCGGUGAUGACAACAUCAAUCCAGCAGAAGUAGACACGAUUGUUGGUGUUUGACUGGGUUCUCUGCUCAAAAUGUGCAGAACGUGUUUCGUUUGUCGACGGGGAGCCAGGGAUGUGUGUGGAGACUAUACUAGCGUAUUUAUGCGUAACAAUGUAGACGAUUCGGGUUUUCACGUUGUUGGGCAGAUCGAUGUGGCAACAAAAUGGACCAACCAUCAACCGAUGGAAAAAAACUAAAAAAAUAUAAAGAGUCUGUCUCAACAUUCGUGUGUUUGUUCUCCCUUUAGCUAGCUUUUGCCGAAGGGAGUUCGACCGAUGACUCUCCCUCGCUCGUUGAUUGGCUCUCGUGUUAUUUUGCAUUUGUGACGAAUCAUUUUGCUGGCCAUGAGCGGCGUUGACACGUUGAUACCUUGCCACCCUACCCGACUAUUCACGUGGCAAAGGGCCAAUGCGUGUCGUAUGAGUCGAG